AAAACUGCAGUUUCUGAAAAAAUGAAACAUGGUGGACAUCUUUCAGAAAACAUUUUUGACCCUUUCCAAGAGUCAGAACUCCUAAAUAUGUACCGAAGGCUGAAGAAAGAGUGCUGGCCCCACCUGAAAGACAGAGUUUUACAGUUUAAGGAAAGGAAAUCAGUGGAGUUCAAUAGACUGGGUGCUACAAUUAUGAAGAACUCUUUUGAAAAGUCACAAAAUGUUAUGAAGGAAAGAAUGGAGAACAUCAUGGCUUCCCUUGUUUUGCACUACAGUAAGGAAUCAGAAGAAUCUGAAGCUAGAGGUGUUCUUGAAAAGGUCCUUGAAAACCAAAAAUUUCUACAAAUGAAAGUAUUGAACUGCAACAUGAAUUUCUUAAUGGAAUCAGUUAAGGAUAUUUGCCAGUCUCAAAAGCUGGAUGAGAAGGAAUUUUCUCUUUUCCAAGAAUUUGCAGCUGAAUGUUUCAGAGUAGGUGCACUAAUGUAUCUGCACAGUCCGGAGCUGCUGCCAUCCUGGCAGACUGAAGUCGAUGGCUUCAAUUUUAUCACAGGCUUAGAAGAAGAAAUGGUCAUUUUCCCAGCAAUUACAAAUAAAAAACAAAUUGUGUGCCCUCCUGAGAUUGUUUCAUACAACUUAAGCAUAAGAAAAUAAAGUAAAUCACUAUAUCAUAUAGUAAUGUAAAAUUGAUAAAAUGCCAGAUGAUGUAUCAGGAUCUUCUUCACAAAGUCUCACCUACUGUAAGCUGAUUUGUUGGUGUCAGUGGUGUUAGCCACAUUGUUUCCUGUGGUUAGCCAACAAAUCUCAGUUUAAUCAUAGUACAAAAAAAGAUGAGAAAAAGCAUUUAGGCCCAAAUUACUUACAGUGCAAACUAUCAA